AUGCAUAACAUAUCUGACCGCUCAAAUGGUUUUGCAUGGGGUAAUUUCGGCAGUACUAUCGUAUAUAGUUGCUACUAUUCCCCGAACUGCCAAAUCUGGGAGUUCACUGCAUUCCUCGAUGACCUUGACCGCUCCCUCCGCCUUCAUGCCCGACAAGGCGUUAUUCUCGCCGAUGACUUCAACGCGAAGAGCAGUAUCUGGGGAUCUAGAACGAAUGAUAGAAGAGGGGAACUCUUGGCUGACUUGAUCGCAAGCCACGACCUCCUCGUCGCUAACACUGGCAGCACUCACACCUUCGGGAGAGGAAACGCCACCUCAGUCAUCGACGUCACAUUUUACAGGGGCGUUGUCGUCUCCGACUGGUCAGUACUUGAUGCUGUUUCCUUAAGUGACCACCGGUAUAUCGAGUUUAGUUUUUACGCCAACGAGACGGAUAGCGUUCUUGACACUCCUCCACCAGAGCCUGUUGCAAUCCAGCAUGUCGGCUGGUCUGUAAAGAAGUUGAACUGGGAUGCUCUUUCAGAGUUCAUCGCUUCCAACCCACUGGUUCUCCCGGAGCUCAGUGACCCCGUAAUGAGAGCCACAGCGGCUGCGGACGGAAUUAAUGAGUAUCUCACCAAAGCAUGCAGCAUCUCAAUGCCUCGUAGACGACCAGGCCCUUAUAAUAAGAGCCCGGUCUACUGGUGGUCGGAGGACAUUGCGGCGCUACGCCGGUCGGUCUUCCAUCACAGACUGAGUUACCAAGCAUGCCUAAGAAGAUAUGGACCAGAUGGAAGCCAUGACGCAAGGAUUGCGGAUACCAUGGCGAGGAGGAGUUUGUGCCUAGCAAUCAGAAAAGCGAAGGAAAAAAGUUGGAUGGACAUGUGUUCACAGGUCGAUAAUGAUCCCUGGGGGAUGCCUUACCGCUUGGUCAUGCGGAAGCUGGGUAACAAGGCCUCUAGUUUAGCGAUCAAAGGGAAAGAAUUGGAGGUUGCUGCUCAUCUGUUCCCAGAUGCCCCGGUGACAAAUUGGGACUCUGAGCCCACCCCAGCUGUAUACAAUAUCUUUGACGCGUUUGACCCCGACACGGACGAUCUAGUCUUCACACUUCCGCUCCCGGAGUUUACGACUGAAGAGCUCUUCACAGCGAUUAAACGUCUCUCCCCGGGUAAGGCUGGUGGCCCAUCGGGGAUAGAUGGAUGUCAAGUAGAGGCCUUCAGCUCGCCCAUCAAAAGAGCGAGGCCGUAA